ACAUUCUGUGGCAUCAACAAGAAGACAGCUGAAGAGACAUGAAGACAUUGCGCUACAGGUGAAUUAAUUUAUUCAGGUUCAUUUCGCGAGUCGUGCAAUGACAGCGUAAAGAAGGGAAACAAGAGCGUGAAUUUUGACUUGAGCACGAGUUUUGGCGUCCUCACCCGAAUGACGGGUCAUGAUACGAUGAAACAACACAGGCUGACAGCAGUCACUACAGAGGAAAUGCACGCGCAACGGAGGACCGCAGCGGCACGCGAAGGUAAAGCAGGAAAAGUUCGCCCGCGCGUUGAAGCCUGACUAUUCAAGAAGUGUUGGACAACUCACUUCCUUCGCAAGAAUCGCAACAGUACAGAGGAGAGUUUCAGUCUUUUUGGUUAAAUCGAGAAAAGUGUGAAGCAUGGCUACGGAGGGAUCCGGUGGCUUGGCGCAAACCGCCGCCGUUAAACUGUCAGAGAUGGGCGAAAGAACUAAACAGUUGGGCACUGCGAUCCAGGACCCAGAACGGCAAAGGAGGAUUAUUUUAGUCAUUGUGUGUGUGGCACUUUUGCUAGACAAUAUGCUUUACAUGGUCAUCGUCCCAAUUGUUCCAGAUUACUUAGCCCGCUUAGAGAGCGAAUCGGAACAUGCUCAUGUAACGCAAAACCCAUCCAACAGCACGCACUAUCAAGCGCAAAAAGAGAAUUUCGAUGUGCAGAUCGGUGUGCUUUUUGCGUCCAAAGCCAUUUUGCAGCUCCUUGUCAAUCCUUUCACGGGAACAUUCAUAGACCGCGUCGGCUAUGACAUUCCACUUUUAAUUGGACUUAGCAUCAUGUUCGUCUCCACCUGCAUUUUUGCGUUCGCCGAAAACUACGCGACUCUGUUCGUUGCGCGUAGUCUGCAGGGUCUCGGUUCGGCGUUUGCGGACACUUCUGGGAUUGCCAUGAUCGCAGACAAGUUCACGGAGGAGGCAGAGAGAAGUCGAGCGCUGGGCAUUGCCCUCGCUUUCAUAUCAUUUGGAAGCCUGGCGGCGCCCCCGUUUGGAGGGGUCCUAUACGAGUUCGUGGGCAAACGCGUCCCGUUCAUUGUGCUUGCUUGUGUCUGUUUGGCAGAUGGCAUAUUGUGCUUGACUGUCCUAAAGCCCUUUUCCAAUAGGACUAGAGAGAAUAUGCUAGUUGGCACCCCGAUUUACAAACUAAUGAUAGAUCCCUAUAUAGCUGUUGUGGCAGGAGCUUUGACCGUGUGUAACAUCCCACUUGCUUUUCUGGAACCCACCAUUGCUAACUGGAUGGAGGAGACCAUGGGUUCAUCCCAGUGGGAGAUCGGGCUCACCUGGCUACCGGCCUUUUUUCCUCACAUAUUGGGUGUCUACAUCACUGUCAAACUGGCAGCACAAUAUCCACAUUUGCAGUGGUUUUACGGGGCACUGGGCAUGGUUAUCAUUGGUGCCAGCUCCUGUCUUGUGCCGGCAUGCAAAAACUUCGAGCAACUCAUUAUUCCCUUAUGUGGCAUUUGUUUCGGCAUUGCACUGGUAGACACGGCUUUAUUACCUACUCUUGCUUUCCUUGUAGACGUCCGUUACGUGUCUGUAUAUGGUAGUGUAUACGCUAUCGCAGACAUCUCCUACUGUGUUGCCUACGCGCUGGGCCCAAUCAUGGCCGGUAAAAUAGUACACGACUUAGGUUUCGUGCAACUUAAUCUAGGCAUGGGUCUGGUGAACGUCCUUUACGCACCAGCACUGCUCCUGCUGCGCAAUGUGUGCUUAAUGAAACCGUCUCAUUCCGAGAGAAACAUGUUACUGGAGGAGGGAGCCACAGGUCUCUACGACACCAUCAAAAUGGAAGAACGCCUAAGUAAGAAGCACGGCUAUAGUACAUCUGGCAACUGUGUGCCUAUCGACGAGAAUGGGACAUUUGCUGGACAAUCAAGGUCCUUCUCCGAAGAAGAGACAUCCGAACCAGAAUACAUCUAGUCAUGCGUCCUAGUUCUAUUAGUCAUCUUCAAAACUUCUAGUAAAAAUAAAUGUUUUUCAUUACUUCAUGAAGUCAUUGACAUGUCUCUUAUUGUCCCGAUGAGACCCACUGGUGAACAGCAUACCAUCUAAAACUAUUGAAUUAUUGAAAUACAAUUUUCCUAUACAAAUAUUAAAAUGAUCAAUGAAAAAUGUACUGUGUGUUUCCCGCUGUACUGAGUUGUUUUCAGGAACAUAAAUAUGGUGCAAACACAUUAAAUAUGAGGGCGCGUGUCUACGUAUUGACUGGGCCUU